GGGUUAUGGUGCGGUUCUCUGUAACAUGAAUCAAAAUAUAAAAAACAAAAAAAUGACGAAGAACAAGUAACAAACUUAACAUUCGUAAACGGAAUUAUAGCGUGAAAAAGAUUAUUUUACACAAGUACAAUGUAGAAAAUUGAAGGAUUACAAGGGCACGUUAAAUGGAAGACACAUGGAGUCGCGUGCGCAGAUGAGUCAGUCUCUGCCGACUAAACAUCACCGACCUGAGGCAAACUACAGGAGCUGUUCGCAGUCCUUGCCACUUGACAUUCUAUGGUUGCCGCGGUCGUCAUUUCGGCCGGCGGAGGGCGAGCUGGCAGACUGCGUGCUCGUGGUCGGAGUGUCGCGGCCCAAGCUCGCCGCGGCCCUCCUCUCCGUCACGCUUCUAUCACUGUUUCUAACUUUUCACGUGCUCUACGACAGCGCUCUUUACAGCAUUCAAGCGGCGAGCAUGGCGUCAGCUGCCAGCGAAGGCCGUAAGAUAUUACAAAGUCAAGAGAGCAGUCGUACAAUAAGCCACCCUAUGGCUCUAAGAAAAAGGUUAAAACCGCCACGCGCGCCGCGGCCUGCCCGCCGACUCCCGCAGGCACUUAUCAUUGGAGUUCGUAAAUGCGGGACCCGUGCUCUCUUAGAAAUGCUGUAUCUACAUCCUAUGGUACAAAAGGCGUCAGGAGAAGUGCAUUUCUUCGACCGUGAUGAAAAUUACGCCCUCGGCUUAGAAUGGUAUCGAAGCAAAAUGCCUCUUUCAUUUAAAGGGCAAAUAACUAUAGAAAAAAGUCCAAGCUACUUCGUUACCCCCGAGGUACCAGAAAGGGUGCGUGCGAUGAAUUCAUCGGUGCGUCUGUUACUCAUAGUGCGGGAACCAGUGACACGAGCCAUAUCUGACUAUACUCAGCUACGCAGUCGAGCCACACCCUCGGCACCGACGGUAUCCCUCGUGGGCCAUCCACUACCUGAUGCUGCGAAACCAUUUGAACAUCUCGCGUUGGCACCUGAUGGUUCUAUAAAUAUCGCCUAUAGGCCAAUAGCUAUAUCCUUAUACCACGCGUAUCUUCAUCGAUGGCUCGAAGUAUUCCCCCGGGAACAGAUUUUGGUCGUGAACGGUGAUCAGCUGAUUGAAGAUCCGGUGCCACAGCUGCGUCGCAUCGAAAGAUUUCUUGGAUUGGAGCACAAAAUAGGAAGAAAAAACUUCUACUUCAACGAAACUAAAGGAUUCUACUGCUUGCGUAACGACACCACGGACAAGUGCCUCCGGGAGACAAAAGGCCGCAAGCACCCUCGGGUGGACCCCGCAGUCGUCACUAAGUUACGGAAAUUCUUUGUCCAGCACAAUCAACGAUUUUACGAUUUAAUCGGGGAAGACCUCGGUUGGCCUGAGGACUAAACUAUAAAAUCCGAUUAGUCGAUCAACUAAUCUACCAAAGAUGAAACAUUACAUAUCGUUGUGAUGAACAUAUCAAUGUAAUACAUACA